UCAAGUUCUAGGUCUAGUGUUAGUUCUAGUUUUAGUUCAACAAGACCAGUAAGUCAAGUACGAGUGGAGAAGGCUUCGUCGAAUUACCUAGCAUUUCAAGUUACACUAUCUUUAAAAUGUCUUUAACACAACUUUGUAGUAUACAAUAAGCUCGUAAUAUUACAGCUUCUCAUAAAUAAGGUGAAGUUAUAGAUGUUUUAGAAAUUAAAGCGAGGUCGUGUGCAGCCGAGUCUCAAUGAUUAUUAAUAUUAUACCAAUUUGAAGCUGGUCAUCAUAUUGCGGUGCCUCAACUUUAACAAAUAAAGUUGUAGAUCUUAUGACUAAUUAAGUCAUAAUCCCAUAUAAAAUACUUUUGUUGGGCACUGUAUACGAACUGAGAAGGGAACUGUUACAUAUGAAGUAUAACAGAAAAAUGAGCGCAUUUGACCUUUUCUAUCCAAGAUAGAUUUGCCAAGCUGUACAUAAAAAUUAACACUAAUAUUAUAACAAAUUUACUCGUUUCGGAAAUUAUAAAAUAAAAGAAAUGAUGUUUUUGCAAAUCAACAGUAGAUUAAGUUUUUUUUCUAAAUAACUUUCAAUAGGGUCAUCUAUUCCACUCCAAAAUCAUUCACUCUAACUCUAAUAUUUACAUAAAUAUUUAGCAUCGAUAGAGAACGAAUACUAAUUAAGCCUUAACCGAGUAUAUAAAGUGCGCAAAAAAUAAAUUUACUCAUUAAUACACGAACGUUUCAUACUAAAAUAGUGUUGUGGUGAAUAAAAGAGAAAUUAAAAAAUGAAUUUUCUCUGCGUAAUAAUAACAAUAUACGCAAACAUCUUAUUUACAUUAGUUUUAACAAAUCCUUGUUUAAAUCUACGAAAGGAUAAAAACGACGGUUUAAAAAUAUUCACAUCAUCAUCUGGAAUUCGGUCCGAAGGUGAUAUUUCUUUACUUGCGAGACGAAAAAGAUCGAUUAACAACGGUGGUUUUGUAAAAAUCGACGAUAACCAAUUAUACUCUGAUGACAACGAUUUAAUUUCAAGUUUAAAGAGGAAAGUUUAUCUACCGGUUUACUAUUUUAGAACAAAAAGAUUCGCUUUUAAAUCUAGAACAACUCGUUCUGCCGUUAUUGAAUGUCCAUGGCAAGAAGGAUCUUCGUCAACAGGUACAGAUUUUUAUCCAAAAAAACCGUCCGAUAAGCAAUCCGUUGAUAUUUUAAUUGGAGAUAACAGCGAAAACAAAAAAAUUGAGGAAGAAAAUAUAACUCAAGAUUAUUAUAAUUUAAGAGAAGUCGAUAAAGAAGAUGAGAUAAAAAAGGAAAAUCUAUAAUGUUUUUCUUAUUUUAUGUUUUAUUUAUU